GUAAAGGCCCACAGCUCUUCCCCAUAGACCUACUCGACGCAGCGGAGCUGGAGCCGUAUGACCUUCUGCCCCAGCUGACCGACCUGCCCGCGCGGAUGGUAUGGUACUGUGCCAGGACCUCAGAGCGCCGAACCUGGGAUCCACGUGUGCAGUUGUGGAGCUCCACGUUAGUGCAGCUGAUGUGUGAGGUUGAGGAUGAUGAUUUCCGAGUUGUGAUGCGCAAGCUCACAGGCGAACUGAUAUGCAAGGUGGCUAUGGAUCCCGCUACCAGCUGGAAG